CCCGCAGAUAGAAACUCUCCGGCUGUGUGUGUGUGGACCACUAUCACUCACUAUGCUCUGACACCCAACUGCCCGCAGACAGCUGCAGGAUGGCCGGGAGCUUCUUGAAAGGACGCUUCCUCUCCUUGUUCGACUACAAAACGGAAAAAUACAUUGUCGCCAAAAAUAAGACAGUUGGAGUUUUGUACAGACUUAUUCAGUUAUCUAUCAUCGGGUACAUUAUAGGAUGGGUUUUCAUAGUAAAGAAAGGCUACCAGGAGACAGACGAGGCUAUCCAGAGCUCUAUUAUAACUAAACUGAAGGGAGUCUCAGUGACGAACACCACUGAGUCUGGUCUGCUGGUGUGGGGACCAGAGGACUAUGUCAUCCCACCACAGGGUGAAGCUGUUCUGUUUGUUGUAACCAAUUUCCUAGAAACACCAAACCAGAAGCUGGGAUACUGUGCUGAGAGCCUCAAGGUGCUGGAUGGCCACUGUCAAGACGACAAGGACUGUGAAGAGGGGAGGAUGGUGGUGUCUGGUCAUGGGAUGAUGAGCGGCCGAUGUUUAAGAUACGAUGAAAACUCCACUGGUACCUGCGAAAUCUACGGCUGGUGUCCCAUUGAAAGAAAAUUGAAACCACAAGAGCCGCUGCUGAUACACGCUGAAAACUUCACCAUUUACAUCAAGAAUUUCAUCCAAUUUCCAAAAUUCGAAUUUUCAAAGUCCAACGUUUUCGAAACAAAUGAUCACUCCUAUUUGAAGACAUGUCGAUUUGAUGAGGAGCUCCACCCCUACUGCCCCAUCUUUCGCCUGGGUGACAUCACCAGAAGAGCCCGACACAACUUCCACGACAUGGCGACAUCGGGUGGCUCCAUUGGCAUUAUGAUAAAGUGGGACUGUGACCUUGACAAAGGUUACUCUCACUGCCAUCCACAGUACCACUUUACACGUCUGGAUGUCUCCAACAUGACUAUCGUAAAGGGGUUUAACUUCAGACACAGUCGGUAUUACCAAAACGCUGAUGGUGAGACCUAUCGCUCUCUAUUCAAAGUCUAUGGCAUCCGAUUUACCAUCAUGGUGCACGGAAAGGCCGGGAAGUUCAGCAUCGUCCCAACAGCCAUCAAUGUUGGUUCAGGGCUGGCUCUGAUGGGUGCUGGAGCUUUCUUCUGUGACAUGGUUCUUCUCUACCUGUUGAAGAAGGGCGACUCUUAUCGACAGAGGAAGUUUGAAGCAGCCAAAGGUAUGGAGUCAACAUCUGAAGACAACUGUGUGAAAGACAGAAAGGAUGCCAUGGAACAGGAGAAUCUAACGUCUUAGUCCUUUCACCACAUAAGAUGAGUUUGCACCAUGCUCUCGCUGGUUAUACUGUAGUAUAACAAUCUGUAUUAUAUAUUAUAAAAAUGAAAAACAGCAGUACAGUACGACUUAUGUUGUACUGUUGUGGAGCUCUUGUUAGAUGGGGCACCUUUUUGCCUUAAAUUUGUAAGAACUCUAUUUUUAUAACUUGAAAACACUUAUUAAAAAGAAUCAUGAACACAGA